AUGCACCCCUUUUCUGUCCUCACACUUGGGAUCUUCGUCGCGGGUUAUAUCACCGCUAGGUGGGACCUUGUUACCCGUCUAUACGAAUUAGCCAUAUUUGCCUGGGACCACGGUGUCGUGACACGAACUGCAAAAGGCUUCUUGUUCCUCUCCGUAUUCUUUUUCCUCCUAGUCUUGCCGAUCAACCAUCUCGCGUCUAAGGAGGGCCAAUUGGUGAGCAACCCCCGGAACAACCAGAGCUUUGGUUGCGCCGUCGAGGUUCGUUCUGAGACUCGAGUGGAGGAUGACAAUAUGCUUAUGAGCGAUGGACUGCUGCGGGUAUUUUGGCCAUAUGAUCUCCCGCGAUCCUCAUCCCCGGGUGUAAUUGUUGGCUGGCGGAAUUCGGAGCUUGAUUUGUUUGUGCUCACUGUGCUGGAAGAUGUCGAGCCACGGAACGUCGAUAAUGCUCUUCGAGCGGGGAUCCUCUUUCGAAACAGCCCUCAUCCGAUUGUGCGCAUCUUCACGCUAUGUGGGCGCUCGCAAAUGCAUGUCCUCGGCUCGACCAACUCUCUUGAGCCUUCGGCGUCUUUCAACCCCUCCCAUCUGGAUGUGAAAAUCAUUCCACCCUCAAAAACUCCUAGCAUCUUCUGUCCGCCAGAAGCAAAUGUCUCUGUCCAGGUUAUCAUGUACCAUCGCCCACAUCCGACACGUAUGGAAUACAUGUCACUCAACCCAAUCUCUUUGGCUUUGGGCGAUAAAGCAACAAGAAAGGAGAUAUGGGGACCAUCAUCGGAUACCAUUGAAUCGGAGGAAGAGGGGGACAAUGCGGGGCCCAAGUUGUUGGUUGAGAAGCUCAAGCUCCAUACAGUCGUCAAGCAUAUCCCAUCACAGAAGGAGCAAGCACUCCCGCUAAUUAUUAAUCAAGUUAACUGUGCCUAUGAGAUGGGACAUUUGAUGCACAAAAAUAGCCAUUUGAUUGGAGUUCGGGCAAAGAGGAGCAUGAGUGUCGGAGAACGUGUUGUGGAAUCAGCGACAACCCUAUGGGGUUUCAUUGUCCUCUGCAUUGCCCACGUUUUCUGGCAAUGGAUCUGGCCCAUCGUUACCCGAGUCUUUGUCGUCGGACUGGUGUGCCACCGGUCCGUUGCGGAGAUUGUCCUGCAAGUUCUCGAGUGGCGUGCUCGACCUGAUGCUGCUGCCCUCAAGGAUAUCUCGGCAACGGCCCAACAGGUCGACAUACGGUUGCAACAAUUUUGUUACUGGCCAAUCCAAUAUGUCAAACUUCGACAAAGAAAGGAUAAUUGGGAGAGCGUGACAACCAGUCAUCCAGACUAUAUUCGAUUCUACAACAGCUUAUGGCUUGUUGCUAAUGAUGUGAUCAUUGGAAUUGCGCUGGGAUCCUAUAUUAUUGAUAAUGCGAACUGGGUCGCCUCGCAAAUCAACACCGUCCUGACCGGCUGGACAGUAGAAGGGUUACAACGGACCAUUUCUUGGCUAAUGGAUUGGCCUGCCGGCUUGAAGCUCAACAAUGAGCUUGCAGCAUUCCUCGGUGACCUAUUCCUAUGGGUCAUUGAGAAUUGGGCAGCUUGCAUUGCCAAUCUUCAGCCUUAUCUUCCAGCUGUCAUCUAUAUUGUCGGAUGCUCAAGCUUUGCGGGAGCUAGCAUGCCGAUUGCUCUCUUCUCCGAUCUUCUUUCGAUUUUGACGGUCCACAUCUAUUCUUUCUACAUUGCCUCUGCUCGUAUCUUCAACUGGCAACUCACUAUUAUUAUUUCUCUUUUCCAUCUUUUCCGCGGAAAGAAGCGCAACGUUUUGCGCAACCGAAUCGAUUCAUGCGACUACGACCUCGAUCAACUCCUCCUUGGCACUAUUCUUUUCACAGUCCUCUUCUUCCUACUGCCUACCGUUAUAGUUUUUUACUUGACCUUUGCCUCGGCUCGCAUGUUAAUCAUUUCAAUGAAGGCAACCCUUGACACCUGCCUCGCAUUCUUAAAUCAUUUCCCACUCUUCGCAUUGAUGCUGCGAGUGAAAGACUCACGGCGGCUUCCGGGAGGAAUCCGUUUCGAGCUUCGGGAUGAACCAAACAAGAAGUCCACCAACACUGACUCGUCUGCGCUGGUUUCCUACAUCCAUCUCGAGUCUAUCCCUCUUCCACUUCGUGCAAUGUUCGACCAGUACUUCCAGCUGGGCCAUCGACUCCGAAAGCACUAUCUCGCACCUCGGGUCAUCUUCUGUCUGGUGACUGGUCGUUUUGUGCCCCCCAUCCACCGCCGCAAUCUUUAUAGCAUGCAAUACAGCAUGUUACCUGCCCGUCGAGCCGGUAUGGCAGAGGUGUGGUCAUUGCUCACCCAGCCCAAGAAAGGCAGUGGUGGAAGCAGUAGCGCCGGCUCUAUGGGUGGAGGUAUUGGAUCUUUGGGUCACCCGAUAGCCAAAGUCCCGGCCAACUUCGGUCAAAUUGAUAUUCGGAGACGAGGUCAUCGCUGA